UAUCAAUUAUCAGGAACGGCACAUGACUCUAGUGCUGUUAAAACACAACURAGGGAAAACUAGAUCGGAUUGCGCUGACAAGCGAGGUUUCUACGUCUGYUCUUGCUCCUGUCGUUCUUUUCACGUGGGGGUCCAAGCGUUGCGUUAGAGCAUUUACCGAGAGUAGUGAAGCUCMCUUUUUUGCUGUGAAUAACAUAUUUUAUCAUCAUGGGUACAGGAAAGGACUUGUUCGUUGAAACCAAACCUAUGCUGAAUGAAAAGAAGGACGGUAAAUCGUCUCUCAUCGUUUCAACGGUUCCUAAAGACAGGUUUAAGAUUGUCUAUUGGAUAAUGGUAUUAAUGGGAGUAGGAACUUUACUACCCUGGAAUAUGUUCAUCACAGCACAUUCAUAUUUUACGACAAAACUAAAAACAGAGAAAACACUAGUGCAUGAAUUUGAGAAUUACUUCUCUAUAGCAGCAAUGGUYCCAAAUGUCUUGAUGUUCUUUCUAAAUACCUUAUUUAAGCACAAAGUUCCUCUCAAUGUACGCAUGUUGGUGUCGCUUAUCCUGAUGACUACUUUAUUUGUGAUUACAACUGCUCUUGUCAAAGUGAACACAUUUUCUUGGACCAAGCAAUUCUUCUACAUAACCAUUGGUACUGUAAUUGCUGUAAAUAUGGCAACAGCAGUGUUUCAAGGUGGCCUAUUUGGGCUGACUGGAAUGAUGCCUUUUAAGUAUACUGGUGCUGUAAUGACUGGACAAGGAAUUGGUGGYACCUUUGCAGCCCUGGCAAAUAUAGUUGCUAUCUUAGCUGCCAAAGAUGCAAUAACUAGUGGCUUUGGAUAUUUUAUGUCUGCUGUUGUCCUUUUAUUCACUUGUAUGAUUUGUUACAUCUUACUACCAACAAUAACAUUUGCAAGACAUUAUUUGGGUGAGAAGCAAAGGCAAGAGUUAGAUGUCAGUAACAUUCAAGGACAAACAAAAAGAAUAGCAAACUGGGAUAUUGAACCAARGGGAAGAUUCCACUCCUCACUAAGUUUGGAUGCAAGUGCUAAAACAUACCUUGGGGCUGAACUAGAAUCGAGAGAAGUUACCUACAAAGUAACAGAAACACCACCUUUCUUAAGUAUAUUUAAAAAGAUUGCACCUGUUGGUUUAUCAGUGUCAUUUGUGUUCUUUGUAACUCUAGCGGCUUUUCCUGCUUUAACAUCGCGUGUUCAAUCACGYAGUCAUGGUGAUGGGUCCGAGUGGACAUCCACAUAUUUCAUACCAGUUACAUGUUUUCUCCUUUUUAACGUCGGAGAUUUUAUUGGCAGAUUAACAGCCUCAUUAGUACAGUUUCCUCGUUCUGGUAGUAAAUUGUUGCCCCUUUUUUGUCUUCUUCGGGUGGUUUUUCUACCAUUAUUUUUCUUCUGCAAUGCUCAGCCAAGAACUGUACCAGUGUUUUUUGACAAUGAUGCUUAUUACAUCACAUUUAUGGCUUUAUUUGCUAUCAGCAAUGGUUAUCUUGGUAGUUUAUGUAUGAUGUAUGGACCACAACUUGUCGAACCAAAACAUGCUGAAACAGCAGGAACAAUGAUGGCUUUUAUGCUAAUAUUAGGGCUUGGACUUGGAGCAGCAUUCUCCUUUGCUUUAGCAGCCUGUUUGAAGUUAUAGAACAAGACCAAGUUGUUGCAAAUGAAGCGCAAUAA